AUGUCAAUGGACAUGAUGCAGCCUCCUGGCCCUUACCACAUACCUACCUCUUCCGCCUAUUCCUCACCCAGCGAUGGCCAGUACAGCGAGCAGCAAGAUCGAGAUGUGGAGGGCUACUACAACGACCAGUCCGAGGUCGCAACAGGAACGUACCAGAACCCGUGGAGGACAGAUCCAGCUUCUGGCGUUUAUCAACAUUCUACACACAACGCCGGCGAUGACUUGGGAUACAAUACUCAGGCACAAGAGCCCCCCAUUAUUACUGCCCCCUACCAUGCGCAAACCACCACCCUCCCUUAUCAUUAUCGAAACCAAUCUGCUGCACAUGAUCAAUACGACGGAGCCCCCGUACCGCCACCGAGAACUUCGUCACAACAACAAGGUUAUCCUCGCAAUCAAGCGCACUCUGUCUCUACCUCAUCGGAAGCGAGACCCGCGGGGUCAAGGCAUACGAGGCAGAAUAAUUCGGACGCACAGACAAGUCGAGUUCAAAACCAUGUCGGAGAUUACAACGAAGGAACGCGAGACAGGCCACGGGACGAUACAGCCACGGCGGCCGCAUCUGCUGCACGUAGCCGAAGAAAAGGCCCUGCAAGCCCCGAUGGUCCACAGCGAGCCGCAAGCACGAAAGAAAGAAGUGAGCACAAUUCCCCGUCCCAAAGUCGUUCCGAAGCGGCCAUGCUCUCGACGACGGCACCUGCGCCUUUGGUGCGCGAACACAGCGAGGUGAUCAAUCGACUCGUCGUGUCAGACCCUCAGGUUGAUGAAGAACGACUGCAAGAGCGAGUUGCAGAAGCGCAGCCCGCCCCAAUCAGCGACACUGCAAUUGCUGACGUAGCUUCCGAUGAUGUUCUGCCCGCCCCUGGACCGGCGCGGCGGCAAGACUAUUCCAAAGCUCGAAGGAAAGAAGUACAGUUUGGCGACUACAUGCUUGGACAAACUCUAGGUGAAGGGGAAUUCGGCAAAGUCAAACUGGGUUGGAAGAAAGAUGGAAGCACUCAGGUGGCCAUCAAGUUGAUUCGGAGGGAAACGGUGGCCUCUAACCCGACGCGACUGCCUAAGAUCUAUCGCGAAAUCUCUAUCUUGCGCGAUUUGGCGCAUCCCAACAUUGUCCGACUGCACGAGAUGGUGGAAACAGAACGACAUAUUGGCAUCAUUCUAGAAUAUGCAUCAGGAGGCGAGCUGUUCGAUUACAUUCUCAAUCAUCGCUACCUCAAAGAUCCGGCGGCCAGACGAUUGUUUGCUCAGCUUGUUUCAGGAGUUGGGUACUUGCACAAGAAAGGCAUUGUGCACCGAGAUCUCAAGCUGGAAAACCUGCUUUUAGACCAGAACCGGAACAUCAUCAUCACGGAUUUUGGGUUUGCUAACACCUUCGAUCCGAAAGACGAGCUGUCGGACGAAAUUGAGUACAACCUUGGUAACAAGGAGUUUGUACGCAAGUUCAAACUCGAUCGGCUUGAUGCCCGUGGAAUGAGGAGGGGCGACUUGAUGCAGACCAGCUGCGGUAGUCCUUGCUAUGCCGCCCCCGAACUGGUUGUGAGUGAUUCCUUGUACACAGGCAGAAAGGUGGACGUGUGGAGUUGUGGUGUCAUUCUGUACGCUAUGCUGGCCGGAUACCUGCCUUUUGACGACGACCCUGCAAACCCCGAGGGUGAUAAUAUCAAUCUUUUGUACAAGUACAUCACCACGACGCCGUUGACCUUCCCUGAGUACGUCACUCCACAUGCGCGAGAUCUUCUGCGGCGGAUUCUAGUUCCCGAUCCACGAAAGCGCGCCGAUUUGUUCGAAGUUGCUCGUCACAGUUGGUUGAGUGAUUACCACCAUGUGGUCUCUCACAUUACCAGUAGUACCACCAAUGUCGCCGAUAUUGCGCAUACUGCUGUUCCGGCCGAAGACGAGCCACCACCUCUGAACCGAAGCGCAUCUGUCCGGGAAGGCCCAUCGAGAACCGGAGGGACUUCUUCGCCUGGCCUUUUGUCUCGCACCCCCGAAGGAUUACUGCACGAUGUUGACGAAUCUUCCACCAGCUCUCGUCGUGAUCGCACUGCCCGCCAUACCUUGCAACCGGAGUAUGUGCCACCUCAGACCCAUACAGCUCGUGUACAAAGCACAGCCGCCGUGGCGCCGUCGGCGAGCCGUAGCGGAGCCGAACAAGCAGUCAAUGCUGGUUACGCACCGGCAACGUCUCUGUCCAAACCGUUACCUCAUGACCCGCCAGUCGAGGGCACACAGCGGAGAACACAGUCCUCGACUCACGAUAAGAUGUCAUCACCCGUCCGGCCAGGUCGUGAUAUUCCAAGGUCGGUUUCUGAUUCUACUAGUGCCUUUGGCGCAAGUCCCAACGCAACUCACGGCGGUCAAUACGUGACCAGACCGAGCACUCAGGGGUCUAUCACCUCUACUAGUGGUCCUACCAAUACGCGGUCUGAUCUUCGUCUGCCAUCCCGCGGAUCAUACGGACAACCAGUCGCGCCGACAGUUGCUGCUACCAACGUGCAGGGUCGAGUCACGCAACCCGCGAAGCCGGUCAGAGGCUACAACAUCUCCGGGCCGAUUCCACAGUCGGGAGCGCAGAACUCGAUAGGACAACCGAUGACGACCCCUAUGCCGGCGCCUGACCCACAGCCCGCUCAGAAAGCUACACAUCAUCGCCGGUCAAGCACGUUGAGCGGGCUCGGCGAAAGACUAUUUGGCCGGUCCAACUCGGUGGCAAAGAGAGAUCCCGAGCGACAAAAGAACGGCCGCAAGUAUCCUCCAACCAGUAUGAGGGAAUAUCCAUCGGAUGCGGCACCUCGCAUGUCGACUGACUCGAAGCGAUCGUUCUCGUUUGGGCUGGGGAAGAAGAGGAGCACUGAUUUGGAAACUCAGACAGAGAAGCCGGUACGACGAUUUUCACUUAUUCCUAACUCGCUGUCAUUCAAGGGUCUGAUGGGUGGCUCCAAGGACGAAACGGUAGCCCCGUCUGCGAGUCCGCGCGGCGACCGACAUGUGCAGCCUGCUUCGAGUCGCCCCGCGACAGGCCACGAACACGCGGCCCGACAAGUGUCUAAUACGGACGGACAGCAAGAGUCAUCGAGGCCCGUUGCGUAUAACAACUACUCUCGGCCUCCGCAGCAACAGUAUCAAUCUCCAAGAGUAGGGCCAACACAGCCGUCGAAUGACGUUUAUGGGGGCACUGGGGUAUAUUCUCCUCCAGGGCAAGGCCGGAACCAUCAACGUCAACAGAGUGAACCGAUGUCUCAGAUGAUGUCUCAGUAUCCUGAAAUGAGCGAAGCAGCUGUCAGUCGGCCGUCAAUGCAACAGGGGCGAUCAGGACGGGUGGUGCUUGUCAAGAACAACCGCCGAUUUAAUGAGGCCUACGACCGUGAUCACGGACCUACUCAUCACGGCGGCCGUUCUGGGGCGGUGAAAAAGGUGCAAGAUUUCUUUCGACGUCGCCGAGCUCCAGCUGAUGGUUACUGA